UAUUAUUAUUAGUAUUAUUAUUAGUAUUAUUAUUGUAACAAGUUACAAGAUUAAGUGUCAUUUCAAGUUCUGUGUCAUUUUCAGUUGGGCAUAGCGAUUGGUUUUCUCUUUCCACCGAUGCUGGUGCAAAACAGCGAAAAUCUGAACGUGAUUGGCCAAGGACUGCACGUGAUGUUCUAUAUCGUUGCUGCUUUUACCACCAUCUUCAAGUCUGAACCACCGCUUCCUCCGAGUCCAGCGCAAGCCGUGCAAAGGGAGGCCGAAUCCACAGAGAGCUUCUUCGUUUCUGUGAAGAAACUAGUCACAAAUGUCGGUUAUUUGUUGCUGCUGUUCAGCUAUGGUAUCAACGUGGGCGUGUUCUAUGCUAUCAGCACGCUUCUCAAUCAUAUAGUUCUUCAACACUUCCCUAAUCACGAAAAAGACGCUGGAAGGAUCGGUUUGACUAUCGUUUGUGCCGGAAUGUUGGGCUCUGUGGUAUGUGGCAUCGUUCUCGAUAAAACGCACAGAUUCAAGUUCUACUUGGAUAUCAACUUGAAAUUUGUUCGCAGAGAGACAACGCUCGGUGUGUAUCUUCUCUCCUUCUUCAGCAUGAUUAUAUUCACGUUUACUCUAGAUAGCGGUCAAAUAUAUGUUAUUUACUUGACAGCUGGCAUGUUAGGAUUCUUCAUGACUGGUUAUCUUCCAGUGGGUUUCGAGUUUGCAGCGGAGCUAACGUAUCCAGAACCGGAAGGAACGUCCGCUGGUUUGCUGAACGCAGUGUGCCAAGUGUUCGGUAUCAUUUUCACAAUCCUCUACGGUUGUACCUUGAACGCCUGGGGCGACUUUUGGGCAAACAUCUUCCUCUGUACUACGUUAGCGUUUGAUAUUUCAAGUGAACAAAAGAGCAACAAUAGUCCAGAUAAGCACGAAAACGUUGGGCAUGGUUCAAGAUCUGAAAUCGUAUUGGAAUAUUUCACGUGGCUUCGUACCUGUGCUAAAGAGAUCAGUAUGUAUUUACGAAUGAGAUUAAUCGUGAUAUCGUCAUCCCUUCGAGCU